UAGUUGUCUUUUAAACCGGUUUUGUCCCUGCCUCUGUGGUACCCUGCAGCAGCGUGUGCUGCGUGGAAGAGUUUUUUCCGUGUAUUUGCUUUGAGCCUGCCGAGUGUUUUACCGGAGCUCCUGCCGGCUCUGCGCUCAGCCUGGCAGCAGGCAGUCAGGCGGUGCUGGGGGUGGGCAUCAGCUUUACAGCAACGCCUGUCUGAAGGGUGCUGGGAGCUGCAUGGCUCUUCCGCGGGCCUUAAACCUACCUGUGACUCCUUCCCAUGCAGAGGGGCUCGGGUCUGGGACAGCUCCUCUGGUGGGAUUUUUGAAACAGGGAGCAGUAUUUUUAUGCAGGUUCCUACGUGGUGUUCAAAACACACCACAAGCAAUUUUAUUUUAUGUGCAGGUCCUGUGGGGACCUGCGGUGGGGUCCUGUGUCGCCCUGGUUCUUUCUCUGUCUUCUUCCCCUUUCAGGCAGCAACGGAGACGGAUGCUGACAGACGGGCGUACGCAGUGUGGGUGUCUGAGAUCAUGCUCCAGCAGACGCAGGUGGCUACGGUGAUCGACUACUACAACCGCUGGAUGCAGAAGUGGCCGACGCUGCAGGCUCUGGCGCAGGCAUCCCUGGAGGAGGUGAACGAGCUGUGGGCAGGACUCGGCUACUACUCCCGAGGGAAGCGUCUGCAGGAGGCAGCAAGGAAGGUGGUGUCUGAGCUCGCUGGCCAGAUGCCCAGGACGGCUGAGGACCUGCAGAAGCUGUUGCCGGGAGUGGGCCGAUAUACGGCGGGAGCCAUCGCGUCCAUCUCGUAUGGGCAGGCUACCGGUGUUGUGGAUGGGAACGUGAUCCGGGUCCUGUGCCGCCUGCGGUGCAUUGGUGCCGACUCCAGCAGCCCAGCCGUCAUCGACCGGCUCUGGGACAUGGCCAAUGCCCUGGUAGACAGGAGCCGCCCGGGGGAUUUUAACCAAGCCCUGAUGGAGCUGGGGGCUACGGUGUGUGUGCCCAAGGCCCCACUCUGCGGGGAGUGCCCGGUGAAGCAGCACUGCCGAGCGUGGCGCAGAGUGGAAAAGGAGCUGGCCUUUGCCUCUCAGAAGCUGUUUGGAAAACUCACCCCUGUGCCUGAUGUUGAGGACUGUGGUGUUGGGGGCUGUCCCCUGUGCCCCCCAGCCACGGAGCCGUGGGACAGCAGCCUGGGGGUGACCAACUUUCCCCGGAAAGCAGCAAAGAAGCAGCCGCGGGCAGCACGAACAGCCACGUGUGUGCUGGAGCGGAGGGGCUGCCACGGGGCCCCGGAGUACCUCAUUGUGCAGAGACCCAGCUCAGGUCUCCUGGCUGGGCUCUGGGAGUUCCCCAGCCUCCCACUGGCUCAGGAUCUGCAGGAGGAGAAGCAGAGGGAGGUUCUGGCAGAUCAUCUCCGGGCCUGGACAGGGUGGCCAGUGGUGGCGGGAGGCCUGCGGUUCAUCUUGCAGGUUGUCCACAUCUUCUCUCACAUCCACCAGACAUAUGUGGUCUACUCCCUGCCCCUGGAUGGGGAUGUGACCCUGGACCCUGCCUUGUCCCCGUCCCGCUGGGUGACGGAGGAGGAGUUCCUCGCCUCAGCUGUGUCCACGGCCAUGAAGAAGGUGCUGAAAGCACGUGAGCAGCAGCGUGGGAAGGAGAGCAGCCCUGGCACGAGCUCCAAGCGGAAGCGGGGACCAAAGCUGCAGGGAGCAAGCAGCACCCGCCCUGGGACGCAACUCUCCCUCCGUGCCUUCCUCCGGGCCCCCACCUCCCCGUGAUGGCACCCUUGACCUCUGAGACCACCAGAGACCUGCACUGCAGGGAUCUGCUGGCUUUCCCAGCUCUCCUGGGGGAGGUUGUGCCUUGAUGUAGCCAGUGUGGUCCUGCACCUGACCCGGCGCCAAGCUUGUCCUCCCCACUCAGCUGGAGCCCUCCUGGGGUCAUUCAGCUCCAUCCAGUCACGGUUCCAGCACUGCGGACUCAGAGCAGCAGAGGUUUCUCUCUGGCAGCAGGAAGGCUGCGGCCACAUCCCUCCUGCAGCCCUGUCCCCGCCUGCCUGCCUGCACCUCCUCCCCCAGCCAGCAACUGUGGGUGCUGUACCCUUCCUGGACUCCAACAGCCCUUUUUUUAUACAUUUGCUUUUA